GCACCGGUCGGUACUUUGUGUCAGAGCCCUGUUUCAAACCGGACGUGUUUUGAAUGAGCAAACAAGAAUGGCGACCACCACAGGUCGAUCAUGCCUGCAGUAUCUGCUGCACCUCGCGCAGGAUCACCUGGACUUCAGGCUGCCGGAGAUUAAGGCUUUGUUGGCUCUCAGGGGAAAACCAUUCCAACCUAGUGAAAACUUCAAAGAAAAGACCCCUUUCUGGUGUCUGGAUGGCUUGUCUGAGGAGGAUGUCCGCAGUAUCAUGGCGAGAUCUGUUUGUACAAAGUCUGCUUUUGAGCUAUGGGGCCAUGGACAAACACACAGUGAACUCAGAACAUCCCUCCUGAAGUACCCGUCAGAGAACAUGUCACCGUUCAUGCACAAAGACUCAACUUACAGAAUCAAUGUCUACACUUACAACAAGACUCUGGUCUUUCCUGACAGAAUCAAAAGGAUUGACGCUCUGGAGUAUCUUCCGUUUGAAGGCACAGUGAGCCUGAAGAGCCCUGAGCACAUUUUCUGUUUGUUGGAAGAUUACGGCACGGACCCCAACAACAUUCCUGAGCAACCAUUCUAUGUCUAUUUUGGCCGAUGGAUCGCGGAUGGACAGCGUGAACUGAUUCGCUCCCACAGUGUGAAGAACAGACACUUCAUAGGAAACACCAGUAUGGAUGCCGCCCUCUCGUUUAUUAUGGCCAACCACGCUAAGGUCAAAGAGAAUGACGUUGUCUUUGACCCAUUUGUUGGCACAGGGAGCCUGUUGGUAGCAUGUUCUCAGUUUAAAGCCUAUGUCUGUGGAACAGAUAUUGAUUACAACAUUAUUCAUGGCAAAGGUAGAUCGAGCCGUAAAAACCAGAAGUGGCGAGGACCUGAUGAGAACAUUAGAGCCAACCUGCGACAGUAUGGAACAGAGAAGAUGUAUUUAGAUGUAAUGUUGUCGGAUGCAUCCAAGCCUGUCUGGAGGGACGCCGCUCUGUUUGACGUCAUCAUUACUGAUCCUCCGUACGGAAUCCGCGAGUCCACAAGGAAAACAGGCUCUCACAAAGACAUUACUAAACCCUCUGACGGCAUCUAUGUGGACUCUCACGUCCCCGUCUCCCAGGCGUACCACCUGAGUGACAUCUUCACAGACCUGUUAAAUUUCUCCGCCCACCACCUGGUCAUGGGUGGGAGGCUCGUCUAUUGGCUGCCUAUCUACAGACCAGAGUACUGUGAAGAGAUGGUACCGCUUCAUCCAUGUCUCCAACUCAUCAGCAACUGUGAGCAGACGCUUUCAAGCCACACCUCACGACGCCUGAUCACCAUGGAAAAGAUCAAGGAGCCAGAGGAAUUAGACAGCCUGUCUCAUCAAGCAGACCCACGCUUCAGCCCCUACCAGGGACACAACGCCUUCAGAGAGAAGUAUUUCAGUGGACUGAACAAGAGAGGAGGUGGCAAGGAGGACAACAAAUCCGAUAUCAAUGGAGAGUGAAUGAACGGGAAGAUGAAGAUCAGAGGAAAUCGCUUGUGUUUUUAUAGACAACCAGAACAUGAUUUGGACUGUUUGGACUCAAAGAGGGAAACAAAUUUAUAACUUAUUUGGUUAUAAUUUUUUUUAAUCUUUCUCACUAUUUUAACUAUGAUUAUUUUUAUGCCUGUACUUUUUGCCCUGCAAAUAAAUGGAUAAAACACACAA